AUGGCUCUUUCCGUGUGGUCUGUAUGGUCAUUGAUCACCGCUGGCUCUGCUGGAGCAGUGGCAGAAUUGACGUUAGAUCCUAAAUUAAAAUAUUGGGUUCUCUUACCCAUUUCCAUCGUUAUGGUUUUAACUGGUAUACUACGUCAAUAUAUUAUGGAUCUCAUUGCACCUAAUACCAAAGGUGUUCCUCGUGUCAAAUUGACAGAGAGUCAGUGGAUUUACAAAGCACAAGCUCUUUUAGCAAAUGGAUCUAAUCUAUCUGCUGAGGCAUUCCAAUUGAGAAAAGAACAUUUGAUAGAGGUACUAGCAGGUGGUAAAUAUUUGGUUAAGUUAAACACGGAUGGUCAAGCUCCAAGUCCUCUUAGCGAUCCAAAUUUAUCCGAAAACAUGUUCAGUAUGGCAAAAGGUAAUUUAGCCAAUUUUAUUCCUCAAACCAUUAUAAUGUGGUGGGUCAAUCAUUUCUUUGCAGGAUUCGUGUUGAUGAAGUUACCUUUCCCACUAACUCCUCGUUUCAAAGAAAUGCUUCAAAGUGGUGUUAUGACAGCAGAUUUAGACGUUCGUUGGGUUAGUAGUAUAUCUUGGUAUUUCAUCUCGGUUCUUGGGUUAAACCCAGUUUACAAUUUGUUACUAUCAGAUACUGAAAGUAUCGAUAUUAAUGCUGCACAACAGCCUCCCACGAUGGGUGGACCUGGUGAGCCUCAACCAGAAGCUGUGAUGAAAGGUUUAGCUAACGAUUUAACCAUUGCAGAAAACGAAAGCUGCUUUGAUGACAUUGAGCAAAGAGUCCUGGAGAAAUAUUCUUAG